UAUAUAUUUUUCCACCACCCCAAAAAAAAAAAAGAAUAAAAAUCUGGGAGGGGGCUUUUUUCUUUUUCUCUUCUUCUCCAAACCGGUAACGGAAGAAGGGUAAAAACUCCUCCUCUCUGGUUCACGCCGAUUUCCGAGACCUGAAUCGUUUAUCUCUCUCUCAUGCUGCUUCGUAGUUUCUCUCUCAUCCGCGUCUCCCUCACCUGAAGAACGCCUCCGCCUCUCGCUUUUGUUCCUUCCGGUGAUUCUCCAGAAUCAUGCCGACUUUCUCUGUUAUAGCUUUAGAUAGGUUAUUUGAACCUGGAGCAUCUUCCAAAUCUGCCGACAUGUCUGUUCCUAAUUCCAAGUCUGUUUCACAUAAAAUGCCUGUUCCUGAGGGCCCGUCAAAGCUGGAGAGGAGGAAUAGUACCUCGGUUAUGGAGAGGAAGCCUCACCGACCUCCAAUAAGGCCUGCACUGUAUGCCACUCCAGAGACAACUCCUCUACCUGAUUCACCCACUUUGUUCUCUCCCUCACCUUACAUUGUCAACCACAAGCGCCGUGGCCCACGCCUUCUCAAGAGUUACUCGGAGCAGGAUGUAUCCUUACACCAGAAAUCUGGAGAUGAGGAGAAACUGAAUGGUUCGUUACACCAGAAAUCUGCAGAUGAAGAGAAACUGAAUGGCACCGCGAACAGUGCAGAAGCCAAGGUGGAAAUUUCAGCAGUGGAUCAUUCUCUUGCAUUUACUGUACCCAAGCCAAGUGAAGUACAACAGUCAAAUGGUGUGCAUCCUAGUGGUAGCAGCAAUGGCAACCUUGACAUCAGUAAUGGGGUACUUAGGAGCAGCAAUGUUGAACUGGGUACUAGUACCAAUGGUUCAGCCAUGGAAGAUGAUUUGUUCCAGCAAGCUGCCAUAGCUUCCGAAAUCGAUCGUGAUGAUUUCUUUGAUCCGAAAGACAACAUGAGUGUCACAAGUAACACAGAUGGAGAGGGGAAUGCUGGGACGGAGCGUUCUGCGCCUUUUGGUAUACCUGCUGGGGAGUUUUAUGAUGCCUGGGAAGAACUUUCGUCUGAGGGUGGGCACAGCCAACAGCUUUCUGGUUGUGAUCUUGAAACUCAGCUACGUGAGAUGAGAUUGAGUCUUGUGAUGGAGAUAGAAAAGCGAAAGCAAGCUGAAGAAUCCCUGAACAACUUGCGAAACCAGUGGCAGAGGAUUAGGCAACAGUUAUCUCUUGUAGGAUUGACUCUUCCUGCAGAUCCCACUAUCACAACCGAGCAUGGGCAGCUAGGUUCUGAUCCUGCUGAAGAGCUGGGGCAACAGCUUUAUCUUGCCAGGUUCAUAUCGAAUUCUAUUGGGAGGGCGAUGGCAAAAGCUGAGAUGGAGGCAGAGUUGGAAGAUCAGAUUGAGGCGAAGAACUUUGAGAUUGGUAGGUUGUGUGACAAGCUUCAUAAUUAUGAGGCUAUGAAUCAGGAAAUGGUCCAGAGGAACCAGGAUGUCAUUGAGCUGGCACGGCGUGAGAGGGAGAAGAAGGCGAAACGACAAAAGUGGAUUUGGGGCUCGAUUGCUACUGCCAUCACUCUCGGUACAGCAGCCUUGGCAUACUCUUAUUAUCCAUCUGGAACAGGAUCUCCGACCUACCAUUCUGAGGCUUCUGAGAGUGGUGAUGCGGGCAAAUGAUAGCCAUGUAGUGAACGUUAUCAUAUGCCAUAGAGAAUAAGAGAUCUUACUUGCUACACCUUGUGGAUAGCAUUCUCUUGAUCUUUUAUCUGUUAGAUUUUCAUAUGAUCUGAGGUUGUACAGUUCGGAAAAAAAUAAUUCUAAGUUUUGCUCGAUACCGGCAUUUUGGAAAUGCUAGAGAUCAUGAAUAGGAUCAGUCCUUGUUAAAUCCUUGCACCUAAAGCUGAAGUAAGUUUUUGAAGUUUACCCAA